GGCGGCACCAGCCUCUGCCUCCCCGUCUGCCUGGGCCGCAGCCCUCCCCGCCCCGCCGGCCGCGGUCACACACUUGGAGCCUCCCCGGGAGCGGGAGCGCGGUGCACGGCGAUGCGCCGAGGCGGGCGCUGAGCGGCGCCGCUUGAGCAGCAGCAGAGGCGGCGGCGGCCCCCAGCCCAGCGCGGCGCUGCCGCCGAGCCCGGGCCCCAAGGUGCGGGAGCACCCCAAGUUCCCGCCAUGAGCAGCUGGCUCGGGGGGCUCCGCGGCCCCGGGGGCUCCCUCCCCGCCGAGCGCGACCACAGCGCCCCGGGGCUCCGACGCGCGUAACGCUGCCCCCGGCGGGUCCCGCCACCGCCGCCGCCCGUGUCCCCGCCGCCGCCUCGGCCGUUGCAGCGCCGCCCGCAGCAUGUCUCGGAGGAAGAUUUCGUCCGAAUCCUUCAGCUCCUUGGGGUCCGACUACCUGGAGACGAGCCCGGAGGAGGAGGGGGAGUGCCCCCUGUCCAGGCUCUGCUGGAACGGCAGCCGGAGCCCGCCCGGGCCGCCCGAGCCCAGCGCGGCCGCCGCCGCCGCCGCCCCAGCCCCGGCCGCUUCUGCCGCCGCCGCCGCCGCCACGGCCGGGGCCAGGAGGGUGCAGCGCCGGAGGCGGGUUAACCUGGACUCGCUGGGCGAGAGCAUCAGCCGCCUGACAGCGCCCUCGCCUCAGACGAUACAGCAAACUCUCAAGAGGACACUGCAGUAUUAUGAACAUCAAGUUAUUGGUUACAGGGAUGCGGAAAAGAAUUUCCACAAUAUCUCUAACAGAUGCCGCUAUGCAGACCACUCCAGCAAAGAAGAAAUUGAAGACAUCUCAGGAAUUCUUCAGUGUACUGCGAAUAUACUCGGUUUGAAGUUUGAGGAAAUUCAAGAAAGGUUUGGCGAAGAGUUCUUUAAUACAUGCUUCGAUGAGAAUGAGAGAGUCCUUCGAGCUGUGGGUGGCACUUUGCAGGACUUCUUCAACGGCUUCGAUGCUUUGUUGGAACACAUUAGAACUUCUUUCGGAAAACAGGCCACGCUGGAGUCACCAUCCUUCCUAUGCAAAGAGCUCCCUGACGGUACUCUCAUGCUCCACUACUUCCACCCUCACCAUAUUGUGGGGUUUGCAAUGCUGGGGAUGAUUAAGGCUGCAGGAAAGAAGAUCUAUCGGCUGGACGUGGAAGUGGAACAGGUUGCGAAUGAGAAGCUGUGCUCUGAUGGUUCAAACCCAGGCAAUUGUAGCUGUCUUACUUUCCUUAUCAAAGAAUGUGAAAAUACUAAGAUCACAAAGAACCUUCCCCAGGGACCUUCCCAAGUUCCUGCGGACCUCAGAAUUAGCAUCAACACCUUCUGCAGAGCCUUCCCUUUCCACCUGAUGUUUGACCCCAGCAUGUCAGUCCUGCAGCUGGGGGGAGGUCUCAGGAAGCAGCUUCGGUGUGACACUCACAAAGUGCUCAAGUUUGAGGACUGCUUUGAGAUCGUGUCUCCAAAGGUCAGUGCCACCUUCGAAAGGGUCCUGCUGCGACUGUCUACCCCGUUUGUGAUUAGAACCAAGCCUGAGGCUUCUGGCUUUGAAAAUAAAGACAAGGUGAUGGAAGUCAAAGGACAAAUGAUCCAUGUUCCAGAAUCAAAUUCCAUUUUAUUUUUGGGCUCUCCAUGUGUGGACAAGUUGGAUGAACUCAUGGGCCGAGGGCUCCAUCUCUCAGACAUCCCUAUCCAUGAUGCCACCCGAGAUGUCAUUUUGGUUGGUGAGCAGGCAAAGGCUCAAGAUGGCUUGAAGAAAAGGAUGGAUAAGUUAAAGGCAACUUUAGAAAGAACUCACCAGGCCCUGGAAGAAGAGAAAAAGAAGACAGUGGAUCUUCUGUAUUCUAUUUUCCCUGGUGAUGUGGCCCAGCAACUGUGGCAAGGGCAGCAAGUCCAGGCCAGAAAGUUUGAUGAUGUCACCAUGCUCUUCUCAGACAUUGUGGGCUUCACAGCCAUAUGUGCCCAGUGCACUCCCAUGCAGGUCAUCAGCAUGCUGAAUGAGCUGUACACCAGAUUUGACCACCAGUGUGGAUUUUUGGAUAUUUAUAAGGUGGAAACAAUAGGUGAUGCCUACUGUGUGGCAGCUGGACUCCACAGAAAAAGCCUCUGCCAUGCUAAACCCAUUGCCCUGAUGGCCUUGAAGAUGAUGGAACUUUCAGAAGAGGUGCUGACACCUGAUGGAAGACCGAUUCAGAUGAGGAUAGGAAUUCACUCGGGCUCCGUGCUGGCUGGAGUCGUUGGGGUCCGAAUGCCACGUUAUUGCCUGUUUGGAAAUAAUGUCACGCUGGCAAGCAAAUUCGAGUCAGGAAGCCACCCUCGGCGAAUCAAUGUCAGCCCAACCACUUACCAAUUAUUAAAACGGGAAGAAAGUUUCACAUUCAUUCCGCGGUCUCGUGAAGAGCUUCCAGACAACUUUCCAAAGGAAAUUCCUGGGAUCUGCUAUUUCCUGGAGGUAAGGACUGGUCCAAAGCCACCAAAGCCUUCUCUUUCUUCGUCAAGAAUAAAAAAGGUUUCCUACAACAUUGGCACCAUGUUUCUCCGGGAGACAAGCCUCUGAGACCUGCUGCAGAUCAAAGACUCCUCCAAAAAGCACAAGCCCAGAACAUGGGUCACCACAGGAGAGUGGAAAGAGAUCGUGUCUCUUUCAUUGCUUUGCUGAGAACAACCCACAAAAUUUCUGUAUUAUGUCAGGCAAUAAUCCUACUAUAAGGUGGAGGUGACCGCUGUCAAUAAGAGCCGGAGGAUGAGGGAAGUAAGAGGUGUCCAUUCCUAUGGGUGUUUUUGGUCAUAUAUAUAUUCAUAUAUUUUGAUUACAAGUGUGGGCCCCCUGUCAGAACUAACCAAUAAAUAGAUUCCAUGUUUUCUUGUUUAUCAUGCAUACAAGUAUCUUUCCCUAUAUAUUUGUACCACUUUUAAGAGCCAGUUUUGAUUAUAUAUUCCUACAUUUAGUAAGCUGGUGAGUGAGGAAUAUUUUCUAAUUUUCUUUUUCUGGACAGACAUUUCAUACAUGUAUCAUGGCAGUGUGGUAAACUUCUCAACUGGAAGAACUAACUCGGCAAAAUAUUUUAGGGAUAUUACCUAUUUUUAUACAUAUCUCUUCUAGAUAACUACAUUUCACACAACAUGAUUAGAUUUUCAGAAUCUGCUUCUGUAUCGUUAAUAUAUCAGAUAAUGCUAACCUAUUAAUCUCAUAUAGUUUUGCUUAGAGAAAUUAGUGCUUGGACUGAGAAUACCUAUAACCAAGGAUUUCAGAUGUUGGGAAAGAAUUAUAUGUCUGCUUAGUAAAUAUUAUCUUAUCUUUUAGGUUUAAUUAAUGUAGCAUGGAAUCCAGAGGAAAUGGAAUUUCCUAAUACCAGUAUGUCUGUAACCAAGAUUAAAGAAAGGUCUUUUUGCCACCUUCUAACAAACAUCAGUUAAAAUGAAAUGCUUUGCUACAUUGGACCCUCUUCAACUUAGCACUUAUAAAUAUGGGUAGCUUUGGCAACACUAACCUGCAUCGUAAUAAACAGCAUUCAACUAAAUGACAUGUUAGUUACCCCCUUCCUCUUCCCCAGUUGAUGCCUCCUAAGAGCCGAAUGCUAUUCUUGAGAGCAAAUUCCUGGAUACUGGCAUUAGUGACAAAGUGUCAGGACAUUUUGCCAAGAAUGUUGUUUCUUCUUGUACAACACAAAGCAAGGAAACCUCUGUAUUUUAUGGCUUUGAGGUUUUAAAAAAUGUUCUGCAGUUUGAUGUGGCUUUUAAAUUCAGUGAAUCGCCUUCAUGAACACUGAAGUGGGUAUAAUCUUCAGAACUAGGAAUCAUUAUAGUUACAGAUAGGAUUCCAGCGUAUGUCCUGCUCAUAGGGAGACCUGUUGCCAUUAAUCAAUACUGCAUGAAAAUGUUGUUACUGACUCGCACUAAAAUUAGGAGCACCAUGUAUCCAGAGUUUUUCUGUUUUUGGAUCAGAUAUAAAAUCUAAGUUUCUAUUGAGGUUAAGAAGCAUUUGUUUCCUUGAAACCUUAGAGAGGUCAUUUUCUUACUCAUCGAUAGCUUAUGUCUACUUGAAUGCAAUAUAUUUCUUUUCUGUCUAGGGAUUUUGGCUGCAUUAUGGUUUGGUUAUAACGUAACUCAGUUAAGGAGUGUAUUUACUAGUUUCCAAUGUAGUCUAUGAGGCUCAUUUAAUGUUGUUUUUUUUUAAUUUUCUAUGUGUGUGGCUAUAAGGCAUUUUUAGAUAUGCAAAUAUUUGUUAUAAUCAUGAUCCCUUUUAUAAUUUGAGUUAUUUUCUUGCCCUGGGGGUUUACAAGGACAUGAGUGUAAUAUUCUUUAUGUGGAAAAGACAAGAAAUAGACCUUGAGCUCUAAACCUUUACCUGAUCCCCCUCUUCUGUGAGCCUGUAUCUCCGGACAAUGGGGAAGUUUACAGCCAGUAUGGACAGUGAGCAGGCUGGGAGCACCUCAAUCCUCAUGCUGAUAUUAGAGAAUGCCUUAGCAAUGUUAAUGGGCUCCUUGUAGCACUGAAGCAUGGGAGAGAACAAGCUCACUGAUAUCAUUUAUGCCUGUUGUCUUCAGUAACUUAGAACUUAUUAUGGUAUAUUAAAUCAAUAAACAUCUUGGUUAUAAACAAUGUAUUUUGUAACCAUUAGGCUGAAAGGGACUUCCAAGAAUAUCCAAUCUAUUUCUCUUGCUUUUUGUAAAGACUUGUCUAAGCAACUACUCUAAACACAUAGUUACAUAGUUAUUCUCUCUAUACUUAAGAAUAUCUCCUGUUCACCAUGGUGAAACCCCGUCUCUACUAAAAAUGCAAAAAAAUUAGCUGGGCAUGGUGGCACAUGCCUGUAAUCCCAGCUACUCGGGAGGCUGAGGCAGGAGAAUUGCCUGAACCCAGGAGGCGGAGGUUGUGGUGAGCUGAGAUUGUGCCAUUGUACUCCAGCCUGGGUAACAAAAGCAAAACUCCAUCUCAAAAACAAAACAAAACAAAACAAAAAAAAAAACAAAGAAUAUCUAUGGGAAGCAUAUUUGAAAAGCAUCAUUGGAAAUCCACUUCAUUACCAGUGAUAGGCCUGGAGAGAAGGAUUGUAUUUAUAUAUCUUAAUUAGUCAGAAGAAUCACGAACUCUAUAUUAGUUCAUAUGAUUUUACCUGGAAAAGUAUCCAUUUGCAUUGCCACAUAUGUCAUGAUGAGGAACAUGCCAGAGAUUUCUUAUCUAUCCCCAACAGGAGGUCAACUACACCUUUCACACAUAUAAUCUAAGUGCAUUUUCAAAGUUAUAGUCUGAGAUAAUGGUCCAAACUGUUAUCAUUUUGCUAAUCUAUUACAGUUGAUUAUUGCAGUUACAAUGUUGCUUACAUAUGUUUGUGAGGUACUAUAUAAAAUGUCUGUUCAUUCAAACUUCAAGCUGGAAAAGAAUUAUAUUUUUAUUUGUCCUAAACAAUGCCAUCUACAUCUCUUCUCUUAGGAAUUGUGAUUGUAACAAUGUGGUGGCAUGUGUUAUUUCAUUUGACUUAUACCUAUACAGCAUUCUCACCUACCUACAAACUAUUACCAACAGCAUGCAUUUUAGUAUGGCAGACAAAAAGAAUUUAUGUGAUGUUCCCUUAGAAACCACAUGAUAUUAAAUUGGGGAAAUGGUUUUAACCCACUCUACAAGAGAUACUUUAAAAUAUAAUUUGGCACCUAUAGCUGUUGUAUUUUAAUGUUCUUUUAAGCUGCUAUUUUAAAGAAGGCACCUGAUAACUAGCCAUUAGUACCAAAGCAUCACACUGGCAUCAGGAUUGUUGUGAUGGAGAUAAUGUCCUCAUUUGCAAAUAAAUCAGUUAUCUAACAAAAUGAGAAUCCCCCAAUAUGUAUUCAGAAUGUACACACCUGUAUCUUCUUUGUGGACCUUACUAAUUAGGUAACAUUGGCCGUAAUAAAAAGUAAUAAUAUACCUCAGAAACCCAGUAGUUGGAUCUCGUGUCUAUAUAAUGCAGAGAAGGGGAAGAAGACAGCUUCCAGGUAACAUGGGACCCAACUUCCUAGAAACUGCCUCUGUAUUCAUCUCUUAUUCUAUAUUUUAAAUAAUUUCAGAUUUUCCUUUUAAUAUCUGAUUUUGUGUGGAAUCAAGUGAGCUUUGGUCUAGGACUCUGAGACAGACUUUGGUACCUGAGACUUGAGAGUGGGUCCAUAGGCUCAGCACUUCAAAUGCUAUUUCUCAUAGUCUUGCACGCCUUCCUCUUGUCCAGUGACAAUGGUGUCAGGACAUAGUGUGAAUGUGCAGGUCUCUCCUAGAAAAACAAAGCAAAAGAGGGCAAUAACAACUUAAAAUCUCAUUCACAAGGGGAGCAAGACUUUCCAUUUUCCAAAUGCCUCCAAAGAGUUCCAGCAAUAAAGCAAAAUUAAAUUGGUAGAUGAUACGAAAGGCAAAGCCAUGGAGAAUUCUGAAAACCUCAUAGGCUCUGUGUUUUAGACAGAAUCAUAUUGCUUCUGAAUGAAACUGCAUAUGCGAAGUUAUGGGGCAUCAAGAAGGAGCUCAAAAUUAUGACCAUCAUUAAAUAUAUUUGUUCAAGUCUCCUUGUGUUCCUGAAUUUCUGGGGGCAGGUGAUGUGGAUGAUUAAGGCAAAAAGUGAAACUUGUACACACAGGUUUCUGUCUUGACACUUUGAGAACAACUUAGCCCAUUCUAGACCCAUUCUUACUCUCCUCUGUCACCAGACACCAUCUCACCCCCUCAAGCCUGGCCCCAGCAAACAACAUGCUCUCUUCACUUCUGAACCCAGAAUGGCUACAGAGAGUUGCUGGUGCCUCAUUCAUGCAGCUAGGAAGGACCACACAAAGUCAGACCUGAGUAACAAUGUGCUUCUGAGGUGUAGUAAUGAACCAGAUGUGCUGGGGCAUAGAUUAUAUCUGCAGCUGCUCCCUCUGCUCUUUCUUCAAAACACAGUCUGACUCACAGCACUUCAUGCAACUUCACUGAAUGUUCCUUUGAAAUUAAUUAGAUGUGACUCUGUAUAGGCUUUGGGUGGUACCAGACGCCUUUCAGCCAACAAUAUCUCAAAACUCAAGUCCAAGAACCAAGCCCCAUAUCUACAGCUUAUUCUAUUAGAUUAUAUACAUCUUCAACUAAAAAUUAUGUCAUUUCAGAGGCUUCUAUAAGCAUAGUUUGAUAUAGCCCAAAAAUAUGAGACUGAAUUAUUAAAGUUUAACAUAUUUCUAAACAAUUUAUGGACAGCUCUUGAUGUGAUUAUUCCUAAGCCACAACCAGCUGCUUUAACAUACACAUAAAUUGUGUUCAUGUAAUUGAAAAAAAAUUAUUGUUAAAUGGAUAAGUUUACCCCAGCUAUGGACUCAAUUUCAAGACCCUCAUGGUGGUGAAUGAAGAGCAGACACUGAUAUUAUAUACAGAAUAACAUAAACUUGUCAGACUAUAUUGAGAUAGUGUGCAAAAUUCCUUCCUCACACUUGAUCCAAAUAAUUGAAACCUACAUAUUACUGUUAUUCUGUCCUUUGUUUUCUUCCUUCCUUUGUUCCUUCUUUCUUCUAAUUAACAUGUCAUUGAUAUACUUAUAGCAUAGGAAGUAUCACAGCUAAUCUCAUAUUCCAAAAUACUUUUAUAAAGUGAUUAGCAUUUUCAGUUUGUGUAUGUGUGUGUUUAUGGAACAUAGAUGAUACAUCGUUGAAAGAAAUAACUUUCUCUGGAAGGACUUGGGAAUGCAGAGAAGUUUGUUUUUAUUUCUAAUAUGUUAUAACCAGAUCAGGGUUUCAGUUAAGCACCUCAUUGUCAUUCCAUCCUUAUUAAGAAAUGACCUAGUUCAGUGGUUCAGCUGAUCUGCUUGGAAGUAUCUGGCUGGCUUCAUAAGAAUUCCGUAGGGAACUUUAGGAAUACAAAUGACUAGGUUUUGCCUUCAGACUGGGAUUCAGUCGGUCUCAGGUAGGGCAUAGGAACCUGUGUUUAGUAAAUCACUCUAAGUAAUGCUAAUAUACAGCCAGACUUGGGAAUCACUGAAAAGUAUUCAAAUAAUCCCAAUUACUAGGAGUAAAUACAAGUUGAUUGGGAUAGUAAUGCUAUUCUCAUACCAUUAUUUGUUUCACAAAUUUUAAUUUUAGCUUUGAUUUCCAAUUUGUGGUUUUCUUUCUGAGCAUAAAUCUUCAAACUUAGAGACAGAUGCCAACACUGAUAAGCAUGAGGGAUGAAUAUUGCUCACUAUAGGGCUAUUAGGCAUACUACAUACAGCAACAUUUUCUUAGUUACUGCCAGAGCUGUGCAGUAUAUUACAACCUUUGCGAAUCCUCACCACCGAGGUAAAAACUAUGACCUUUGGGACACAGAAGCAAAUGUCAAAGAGACAGCCUUACUUCUGAAUACUUUGAUUUUUAUGUUAUGAAAAGACACCAACUUAAUACUGAGUCUCACUAUGUACUUUUCAUAUUGAAUUGUACAUUAUCUGAAAGUGAUCUCCAAGCAAUACCUUAUAAAGACUUUUCAAGCAAUAAUUCAAGCCAUGGUACGAUACCAUAUGAAGCUGGCACCUCUUUGCAUUUCAUAGAACCUUUGUGAAAACAGACACACAUUUUAUACAAGCAAUAAUAUAGCUGGUGUGGACUUUUUAAAGACAUGCGUUAUUCUAUAGCAAAAUGAGCAGCAAGUGAUGACUCAGAUUAAAAAUAUCUGAGCAAAUGACACCCUCAAUCUAUCUCAGAAGUUAUUCAUUUGCAAACAUGCUGUAAAGUGAUUAAUAUACAUCGGAUUAUUUCUGGUGCAUAAUUUAAAAAAUGGCUAUCAAAACAUGAUUUCUAUCCCUGUCAAAGAGAUUUCUGUAUUAUUUGUAAUGUUGCCUAAUUUUUAGAUCUUCGUAGUAUAUACUAGUAAAGAAGGAGGUAAGGAUGGAUAAAUGAGUGGAAGUAAAGCAUAGGUUGGAAGAGGGGAUUGAGAAAGUAGGGUUUGCAAAAAUAUAGAUGGGUCUCGGGCAGGUUAACUAAUUCAAAUGUUGGUUUGAGAAGGUCUUGGAAGACGAAAGAGUAAAGAUAAAAGAGCUCAUUAUCUCUAUUUUCAAUGAUAGCUAUGCAAAUGUUUGGUACGUAGAAUAGUAUUUUGACUUCAGAACAUGACUGGCUGAAAGUUGCCUGUAGUACAAUUAAUAAAUGUCUGAAAAUGAUUAUUCAGUAAUAUUGACAAACAUUAAAGCUUUCAGAUUUUGAAAUGAAAAAAUCAUAUUUUUAGUCUUCUUAAAAUACAGUAUUAAUAGGAUGUGGCAUAGUCACUGCUAACCAGUUCUUUAGUAGUUAAAUUUACUUCUCCAUCAUUUGGAAUAAUGUAUGAGCAUUACAGCUAAAGUCAGCUGGUAAAUGUAUGUUUACACUGAGCAAUAUCUAAACAUCAGAUUAUUAUUUAGCAUAUAAGCAUUCCUCAGCAUUUACAUAAGACCACAGCUCCUAUUAUUGCCUAGCAAGGUAAAUGCUCCUCUAAACCUCCAUACAAACACAUUUGCAUGGUGGGUGUGGUGGCAUUUUGUCUUCACCUCCUCUUACUCAUAGCAAAACUUAAUUUAGCAUCUUCCUUCCCACAAUAUGGAAAAAUCCCCUAUCAAAAGCAAACAGGAUCGUUGAUUCACUGAGGUUAUGACAGUUAUCCUCUUGAAUAUCACUGGAUUCUUAAAUCCUUAGUAAGAAUGUUUUUGAGCUUAAUAAAUAAUGGAAAACAUUUAAUUUGAAUCUAUUAAAUUACACUGAAUUUAUCCUUCCAGUUAAUUCAUCUAGUUGCUGAUCAGAUCAUUCUUUAUAUUUGACUUAAGUACUGUUGCUUAUUAUUUGAAAGCAGAAAAGAAAAAGUAAAUGGCAAGUCUGAGUAAUAAGUUCGUUUUUGAUUCUUUUGAUACCUAUUUUUAAAGUGAAGAAAUCCCUUUAUAUUCAGUCUUCCUCUGUGGACUUUUCACUAUUUGCAGAUAAAGAAGGAAUUCUACUUAACAGAUUUUCACUGUACUCUAUUAAAUGACAUUAAACCUAUGUCUAACAUGAAAGUAAUUACAGGGAUAAAAUCAGCAAUGUGCAAAAAGGUUUCUUUAUACCACCUCACUUUCUGAAGACAAUUCAUUGCAUUUUGCUGCCUGGCAUUCACACAUCAGACUCAGGACAAAGGGACAAAUGGAGUGAGGAGGUGGCAGGAGCUUUAGAUGAGAUGAUGCAAAGAGAGUUAAUUUUUUCUUCAGGAUGAUGAAGAGACUCAAAGAAGAGGCCAUUUCUACAGCAAACACCUCUGGUUUAAAAGCCAAAUGAUUUAUUUGACUACUGGUCACCCACGUUUAAAAAGAAAAGAGAAAGAGAAAGACAAAAAAAGAGAAGCCCUUCACAAGCCAUUUUUAGUUUUCCUGAGGUAGUGCCAACCUCUUGGCAGCUGCACAUCUCAGCGAAGCUGGGAUAGAAGCUUACAGAGCUGCAAAUAGAUACUUUCUCAAGGUGGCAGAGAGCACUAGCCUUGGUUACAAGGAUGAAGGUAAAUGAAAGCGUCAGAACAUCUGUAUUGAAGGAACAAGGAAGGCCAGAUACCAGCUCGGCCAUAUGCCACAGAGAAGCCUGCUGAAAUUAGCACAGAAAAGCAGACUAACGGUAUGCAAGUGAUAUUAAACAAUCAUUCUUCCUUUUAUAACAUGGCUGGCUGAGCUAGCAUUCAGUGAGAAGAAGAUGCUUUUAUCUCGUGCACUAAACAAAAAAACCUGUUGUCCUGACAUUAAAGAAAUUUCAGAUUCCCUUAGUUGAAAAAUUUAAUCACAAAUAAUAGGAAAUAUUUAUUUUGUUUCCUGAAAUUUGCAAACUUCUUUUGGGGACUGUGCUCUAUGCCUUAUUCUUCACACACUUUCAAGCUGGGUUUGGCUUCUAGCAAAACAGGUGCAACUUUAGAGCAGAAAGAUGUCCAUCUAUCCCUUAGAGAAUGUGCUAGAGUAUUUGAGCUGGACAGAGAAUCAGCCCAUAGCAUUUAAUGGUAUUUUGUGAGAGACAUGAAGAUUCUAGUCUUCUAAACUUAAAAGUGGUUAGGUACUACCUUCAUCAUCAAAGAUUUUCCACUUACAUGUAACUGGUUAAUUAGUGCAAAGUUCGCUUAGAACAGAAACUUUAAAAGGAGGGAACACAUUCAAACAAUUUUUAUACAAAAUUAUCAGCUAGAAAAAGAAUUUAGGACAAAGAUUUAUUGUCCUGAAAGAGUCAACUUACUCAUAUCCAAAACUUAGAAUGUCAGAGACUUUUGAAAGUUUUCUGAAUGUAUGUUCUCCAGCAAUGAGAAAUCAAAUUAAUUUGUUUCUAGGUUCCUUCGAGUUUUAUCCUCUGAUAAAACCUAAUUGUGAAAUACAUUUCACUCAUUUUUACUUUAUAUCUUCCAUUUGUUAAAGGAAAAAAGUCAUAAAUAUGACAGACUUAAAAAUUGUGGCAUUGAGCCAGGGUUUGCAAAUUUGGCAAUAUUAUUUUACUUAAAAUACUACAUUUUUGAAAUAAUAUAAAAAUUAAGGCUAACAGUCAAAUAAUACUAUAUUUCCAGCUUGUUCACAUUAGAAUAUAGAACAAUGCAUUGUAAACUUCUUGGAAUAAAAUCUAAGUCAAAACCAGUUCAUGUUCAAAUCAUUUGAACAACAAAUAUGAAUAUUGCUACAUCACCUCCGACUAACAAGAAACUAUGCAUUUCCAUACCCAACGAAACCUCAAUUCCUAAAACCAUUCUACUUUUAUUGCCACCCAGGAAGUAUUUCUUCAUGGUCAAUAUCACUCUUUAAAGGAUAGCAAAUGAACAUGACCUUCUGCUGAGGCUUGGGGGAUCUGGAUUAAUAUGUAUGUAUGUAACCAUUUGAAAGGCCAUUUUCUUUUUUAGUCUUUUAAGUUAAACAUUUUUAUAAAAUGAAACAAAAUAUGAAACCACUUAGUUGAUUUAUCAACAAUGUGAAACCCUCCUUCUGAAUUUUGUUGGUAAACACUACCACAUUGACACCAAAACCUAACCUUGGCUCGGACUCUCGGAUAAAUUGCUUUUGUGUUCUUUGACUAGAAACUAUUCUCAAAAAAAAAAAAAAAAAGAUAUUAUGUCUUAUGGUGGCUCCAACUCUAACCAAGAAGGUCUAGAUCAACUAAAGUACUGUAUAAUUAUCUAAAGUAAUACAGGGGGAUUUUUAGAAAAAUUCUUUAAUUUUUGUUAUUGUGUAAAAAUUAUUAAUGGAUGGCAGCCCAAAUUAUUAUUUUCUUUUAAAAUUUGUUUCAAGUGUGUCAAUAGGCACUCAUAACAUUGAUUUCUUUGUUUUAUACUCAAUGACCUGAAAUAAUAGGUGCUUGUUGCUUUUCCUUUUGAUCCUUAAAAACACUUUUAUUCUGUCUAAAAGAAUUCUCCUACUAAAAUGCAAAUGAUUAUUGGCUAUAGGAGGAGUCUCAUUUUAUGAGCUUUUAUGAAAUACGUAGUUGGAUUCAGCUGGAAUGCAACUUAGAGAAAGGAAUGGAUACCAAUAGAGAAGAUGAAAAGAGACAGAAAAAUCAAACUUUGCUUACAUUAAAAUUCUGUCAUCAAAUCCUGUUAACCUAAGAAGAAAGCUGAAAAUAGAUGGUAAGGAUAAAUGAUUAUAGAUUUUUAAACACAGUAUUCAUAUUUAAUAGAAUGUCAUAAAAAUGACAGAAUGCCAUGAAAUUCAGCAUGUCAAAACUUUGCUAAAACAAACAAUAGAUUUAACAAAUAUGCUAAUUAGAGUGAAUAUUUAAAGGGACAAAAAGAACUUGUCACAUCAUAGAUGUCUCCCCACUACUGGGAAAAUUUGGCAUUAUAUGUUCAAACAACAUCUGCUAUAUUAGCUAAAUUAAACAUUAGUAUAGUCUCUCUGCUAGUGAGAAACCACUGCACGAGUCCAAAUAUCAAGUGUGGCUAUAACUUGAAUCGAUAGAGUUUGGUGUUCCUGAAUAAAGGGCUUAAUGAAUGUAAAACAAAUGGGUUGCAUAUAUAGGUUUUAUGUGCAGUAAAUUGAGCAGGCUUUAAAAUUUGUCAGCAUGGUUAGCUCCUCUUUUCUAAUUUUCCUUCCUUCCUCCCUCUCUCUCUCCCUCCCUCCCUCUCUCCUGCCCUCUUUGCUUUAUUUCUUUCUAGCUCUUAUAAGAUAAAUGACAAUAGUAUUUUAUUGUUUGGGCUGGGGCUUCCUCUCUUUUUCACUUUCACAUGAUUGAAAACUUUGUGGAUUUGUGAGGGAAGGGGAAAGAAGAUGAGCACAUCAAUAUAGAUCCUUUGAGGAUAGCUGUAAUGGAGAGAAUUGGGACCUUGACUUCCAGAGACUUUGUAAGUCAAGAGAAACGUGGGUCUAUAAAAAUAUGUGUGUGUUUGUUUUCAGUGAAUUUAAACACAUUUUCAAGAAGUAUCAGGGUCAAUCUGUUUAGAUAAUCUCCCAUUUUUAGCCCCUACAAAUGUCUUAAGUUAGAAAAAUCCUCUUACUUUCAAGUAGCCAUUUGUUUUUAAUCUGAGUACCACACUGCUAAAGGCUGAAAUAGAAAAAAUGCUUUUACUAUUUGUAGGGAAAUUGAUUUCUGAAAACUACUUUCCAAUAAGGUGUACACAUCAAAUGCAACUUGAUUUUACUGGCUCUGUAUCUAGAGAUAACUGAUGCACUGUCUUGUUUCUUAGAUACCCCUUUGUAAUUCAGCUUAGCAUAGUAUUAUGUUUUGAGUUCUUAUUGAGGGUUUGGAUAUAUUUGUCAUCAAUUUUAUGUCUACUCUAUUGAAAAAGCAAUAUACAAUGUAUUCCAUAUUUCUUAGCUCUGCGUCUUUGAAGUUUUAACCUAUAUUCAUAUAGCCGUUUUUAACUACAUUUUGAGUAUUUACCAGAAUUUACAAACUGCCAUGUUACUAAAUACAAAAAAUUACAGCUUGGAUCAAGAGAUCAAUAAUUUACAAAUCUCAAUCCAAAGCCAUUAUUUUUCAGGGAAAAUUGAAUCAUUUCUAGCAGAGUAUUUGAUUCCUAAGGGAAGAUAAGUCAAGUAUCUUCUUUAAGAGUAAGUAUAUUCUUCCACUGUAGGUACUUCUCAUUGACUUUAUAAUAACUUGAACAAGAUUUUAAAAAUCUAUAAUCUCCCAAGCUUAAAAUUAUGUUCUUUCUGGUUUAUUUUCAUGUAUUAAGAUUACAUUCAAACCAUUUAACAAAUUAUCUUCAUGACACAGUUUGUGUUAAUAGAAAAUCAUAUAGAAAAAGUUGUUAUUUGUGCCUCUGUGGAAAGAUAUGUUUCAGUGAGUUAAAUAUCCUUGAAUUUUGGUCCUCAGUUCUUAUUUCGACUUUUCCGUCAUGUGCUUCAGGGUCUUAAAUUCUAACAGAUGAAUAGUCAAAUAAAGGGGUACGAAAUAUUUAGAAAAAAUUAGAACUUCAAAAGGGACUAAUUUCUCUGUUAAUUAACUUCUGUUUAUCCCAUCCUUGCUAAAUUAUUUUGAAAUUGUGAAAAAACAGGCAGCUACCAUAUAAACUGGUACCUAUGAAAAUACUGAUUACUUUCUUCCCGUGAUUUUCAGUGUUAAGAGAGCCUUUGUCUUGAAAUGAUAGACAAUCUUAAUACUUGUUCAGAUAAAGAAAUAUGACUUUCAAUACCUUUGCCAUUUUUAUUUCUUUAGGGAAAUACUUUAAUAAUGAGUGUAAAAAUAGAAAAAAUAUGAGAAAAACAGAAAUUAAGAUGAAAUUUGAACAGCUGUACUCCACAGUCCCAUUUUCAUUUUUCUCUCUAUUUUAGUGCCUUCUACUGAGUUAUUGAAGGCCCAGAUCUGCAAAAUUUACAAGCUACUAAUUCAUUGCCUCCCUUAAGAAUUUGGAGCAAAAAUUAUUCUGACUAUGCGGAAAUCACUUCACAUCAUCAUGGCAGGUUUUGACUAUGAGAGAAUCCAGGUUAGGUUCAAAUAGAAUAAUGGUCCAUGGAGAGAAAUACUUUCUAAUUUUUCUUGAAGUUGGAUGAAAAGCUUUUUCUUUAUUUAAAAAAAAAAAAUUCCUCCUGAGAAUUCUGCCUUGGAAGAAGUCAAAAGUUUUAUAACAGCUGCCUGUAGCUACCUUAUAACUUCAGUAAUCAAGUGACAAAACUGUCUCAUUAUGCUUUUAAAAUCCAGAUUAAGUGCAUUCCAGAAAUAAUACAUAUCAUUCUUCAUUUCAAAAUCAACCUACCUGAAUUCUGACUCUUCAACUAUGAGCAGCCAUUUUACAAAACCAAAGGGUCUCACUUCCCAAAUAGUACUUUAAAUAUCAAACUUAAUCCUGUUAAUACUCAUUGCAAUGCAUAAAAUAAACAGCCAAUGCAUUUCCAUCAAGUUUUCAGGCACUAUGUAAUAACAAGUAGGUUUCCAAAAUCACUUAAUAAAAACACAUAGUUAUAAUGUGCUAGGCCUUCAUUAGCAUCCUCUGCAUGGGGUGGUUUUUAUUUAACCUGAAUUACUUUAACAUUUUGGCUAAUUUGUUUGCUGCAAUUUCAUGGGUCUAAAUAUCUGGUUUGGCUUGCCAUGUAAAUUAUAUUGUACAUCUGCUCCCUUGCUACUAGAUUUACUUUGUGAAUAAUAUCUUUUAAAAAUGUAGUUAUCACAAACUUAAAUUAUAAUGUCAUCAACUAAUACCAGGUAAAUAUACUAAUAUAUAUGUAGGGCAUGAUUAAAUUACAUAUAUUUUGAAAUGUCAAACUAUUUUUGUUUUUUUUUAAAAAAAUGAAUGCAUCUCUUAAACCUGUACCAUUAAUUUUUAAAAAGUUUCAUUUGGUAUUUCAUAUUAUAUUUUAAAAUAUUUUUCUUUAUCUAGUAGUACAGGUUUAGAGAAACUUUUUCUGAUUGAAAUAAUAAAAUAUGCCUCAUUUCAUUAGAAUUUUAACAAUACAUGUAAAAGUAUAACUCACAUAAGAUUAUAAAUAUCCACAAUAUCUUCUUUGCUUUUCAUGUAACACCACUUUUUACUCAUUCAUUUGUUUGUUAUUCUAAAGCAUUCACAGUAUAAAUAGCAUGUUUCAUGAUACAAAAUGUUUUCGUAUUUACAGACUGAAGAACAAGGUGAAUUUGUGUCUGAAAAAUGAGUGAUGGAAACAUGGGAUUCUUAUAAAACAAAGUGGAAAUGACAGUUGUGUGUUCUAUUUACAUAAUUCAUUACAAAAUUGUCUAGUUAAAUCAUGCAUUUAUUUACCUUAAAAGUGUCCAAACUGUCACUUAUAAAAUAUUUAAAUCAAUAAAUAAUACCAAAA